AUGGUAGACUCAGUUUCAAGUAUCACGACGUAUAUCCAAGACGUAGCUAAAGGAGAAGGCCAUAGCAAACUAGAGUCUUUAAUUCUUGAAGGUCUCAAGAUCAUCCAUAUCGAAAAAGGGAUUUUACGGUGUAAAUUAGUCAUUACGGAUCGAGUUUCGGGAGAAGAUGGGGUUUGGCACGCUGGAGCGAUUGCGUCGGUGAUUGACAUGAUCGGAGCCGCCGUGGUGUACUCCGCCGGGAAAGGACUCCAUGUCUCUCUUGAUAUCAACACUUCAUUUUAUUCCACGGCCAAGAUUCAAGAAGAAGUUGAGAUAGAAGGAAGAGUGGUAGCAAGCAAAAAAGAUUUAAAAGGAGCAAUGGUUGAGAUUAGAAGAGAAGGCAAUGGAGAAGUUAUAGCCACAGGAAGAAUCUGGAUGUCACAACUUAGUCUCAAAGUCAAAGACAAAGUUCCUCACCUUAGCAAGCUUUAA